AUCAGUGUAGCCCCAUCAGUGUCACCUUUUAGUGUCCAUCAGUGCCUGCCAGUGCACAACAAUGCCACAUAUCAGUGCCCAUCUGAGCUGCAUUUCAGUGCCACCUAUCAGUGCCAUCAGUGCCGCCUAUCAGUGCCAUCAGUGCCACCUAACAGUGCCGCCUAUCAGUGCCAUGUGUGCACAUCAGUGAUGCCUGUCAAUGCCCACCAGUGAUGCCUGUCAAUGCCCAUCAGUGCCACCUAUCAGUGCCUCCUCAUCAGUGCCCAUCAGUGCAACCAAUCAGAGCCCAUCAGUGCAGCCUAUCAGUGCCCAUCAUUGCAGCCUCAUUGGCGCACAUCAGGGA